AUGGCCAGAACAAAGAUCUCAGCUAUAUCAUCUACGAAAACACAACAACCUGCUGGUUAUGUUUCUCGGCAGGUAGCAGUCCGCUUGAGGGACUCUAGUGAUUCUGGUGCUGGGCCUAGUAACAAACGUCCACGCGAUGAGGUAACAAAGAGUCACAGCAAGAAGAAUAAGCAACGGACUGUACAGUCAAAUCAAAUCACCUUGGAGAAGAAGUGCAGUCCGACUUCAAUCAUCGAGAUUGUGGAGGCGGGUAUUUCAACUGAGAGACAAGCGCUUAUAAAGAAGCUUGGACUAAGUUGUGUGCUCAAUUUGAAGAUGAAACAGUUUGACAGUACGUUGCUGUGUUGGAUUAUUAGGCUAUUAGAUGAGGAGACAAUGUCGAUAGCUAUGCUGGAUGGGGGGCAGCUUACCUUUACUGUGGACGAUGUCCAGCUGAUCUAUGGUCUUCCCUGUGGUCCAAAGAUGGUGCCGAAAAUUGAUUCACACCAUGAGAAGAAGCUACGAGACACACUACCGGGCAUGGAUGAGGAACCUGUCAGUUGGUACAAGCUGUGGAAUUUGAGGAAAAAGCUUGUACAAUGA